UAAAUCAGGAAGGGGGGAUUUUAGCAUCAGGAGGGUUAUCACCAGUAAUCUUUCUAUUAUUAAUUUGUUUGGUGCAACAAACUAACGGACUGUCCAUUUAUUCUCUAACACAAGCCUCAUUUUCGUUUCAAUUUUACUAAUCACCGGAAAUUAACAGUUUUUCUGUGUUUUAUUUCCAAUUACUUCCAGCGCAAGUCAUUAAAACAAAGAGAUAUAGAGGAAUGGGAUUGGGAAAUUAAGGAAGAAAAUAUUCUAUGCAGAAAGGUAUAAUAAAAAAUUGGAAUUUCUUUGACAAUAUCUUGGCUUUGCUCGUGCCAAUCCCGGUGAAUCCUUGUGUCCUUCAAUGGUGAUUUCUUCCAUAGCCUCUCCUCUCUGUACCUGGCUUGUAGCUGCCUGCAUGUCUGCGGCUUAUGAGAAAGGAGACCACAUGAGGUCCUCUAGGUUUCAGCCUCCCAAAAGACUGAGUUACUGGGCCAGAAGAAAGACGCUCUUGUCAAAAUGCAGUAUUGGUGGUGGCACGGGCAAACCUGUGGCUGCAGAUGUGCUACCUGCAAAGGAAGCAAUGACAAAGAAGAGGCCUCCAACGGAGAAGAAGCAGGUUGUCGUAACAGGAUUGGGAGUGGUAACCCCACUUGGUCAUGAUCCAGAUAUCUUCUACAACAAUCUUCUUGAAGGUGUCAGCGGCAUAAGCAAGAUCGAGGGUUUUGAUUGUUCCCAAUUUCCCUCGAGAAUUGCUGGAGAAAUAAAGUCCUUCUCGGCAGAUGGAUUUGUGACACCAAAGAUUUCCAGGAGGGCAGACAAAUUCAUGAUUUACAUGCUCACUGCUGGAAAGAAGGCAUUGACAGACGGAGGGAUUACAGAAGAAGUAAUCAAAGAACUAGACAAAAGUAAAUGCGGAAUCAUAAUUGGCUCUGCACUGGGUGGCCUAAGGAUUUUUACUGAAUCAAUAGAAGCACUGAGGGUUUCGUACAAGAAGAUGAAUCCAUUUUGUGUACCUUUUGGAACGACAAAUAUGGGUUCUGCCAUGCUAGCAAUGGAACUGGGAUGGAUGGGACCAAACUAUUCAUUAUCUUCCGCUUGUGCCACUGGAAACUUUUGUAUAUUGAAUGCAGCCUAUCACAUUAAAAGGGGUGAUGCACACAUGAUGCUUUGUGGGAGUUCUGAUGCAGCAAUUCUUCCUAUAGGCUUGGGAGGCUUUUCAGCAUGCAGAAUACUCUCUAAAAGGAACAAUGAGCCAACAAAAGCUUCACGCCCCUGGGAUAUUAAUCGCGAUGGAUUUGUUAUUGGAGAAGGAGCGGGGGUGUUACUCUUAGAAGAGCUAGAACAUGCAAAGAGAAGAGGCGCAAAUAUUUAUGCAGAGUUUCUAGGUGGAAGCUUCACUUGUGAUGCAUAUCAUGUAAAUGAGCCUCAUCCAGAUGGGGCAAGUUUUGCUCUUUGCAUAGAAAAGGCCUUAGCACAAUCUGGGGUAGCCAGAGAAGAUGUAAAUUACAUAAAUGCACAUGCUACAUCAACCCCAACAGGUGAUCUGAAAGAAUACCGAGCUCUAAUUCACUGUUUUGGAAAGAAUCCCGAGCUAAAGGUGAACUCUGCCAAAUCCAUGAUUGGCCAUCUUCUAGGAGCCUCAGGUUCUGUAGAUGCUGUUGCAACAGUUAAGGCAAUACAAACAGGGAUGCUUCAUCCAAAUAUCAAUCUUGAGAAUCCUGAUGAAGGCGUGGACAUGAAAGUGCUGGUGGGUCAUAAGAGGGAACGCCUGGACAUAAAGGUGGCAUUGUCUAAUUCAUUUGGCUUCGGUGGACACAAUUCAUCCAUCUUAUUUGCGCCCUACAAGUGAAUACACAUUCAAAGAGACUCAAGAGCAACAAACUUCAUGGUUUAUACAUACAUAUAUAUAUAUAUAUAUAUACACACACCUUGAUUUUAUGUAUAUACCUCUAUAUUUGUCUAAUUCCUACGAAUCCUUGGAUGGGAUAACUUUUAUAAAUAAUUUCAAGUAAUUCUUACU